CUCUCUCUCUCUCUCUCUCUCAACCUCUCCUUUGGUUUCUGUUGCAACUGCUGAUUAACUUCCCCACCACACCUGGCCCACAAUGAGAUUCUACAAAAUGGGUUCAUUUUUUUCCCAUCAUUAAUCAUCUAUCUUUCUCGAUCUGUUAUAAAUCCUUCUUUACAAAGAGGCUGCUCAACCCCGGCCUGGCAAGACAAAUCUAGCGUCUCUCUUUUAUUUAUUUUCUUUGUUAGAUUGAUGGAGAACUCCAUGAGUUCAUGUGUGAACAAACCUGUUGCUUCCAAAGGAACAACAAAAGACUGUCCUGAGGAGAGUGGUUGGACUGCAUACUUUGAAGAUUUCUCAAGUUAUAGAGAAAAUAGUUUCUCUUCUAGUUUAGGUACCUCUUCUUUGGUCUCUGAUGCUGCUUCUUCUGCUGCAUGGAAAAUCACCACCUACAACGAUCUGAAGACUCCUAAGAGAUUAUCUUUCAAGAAAACAAGAACCAAAGUAAUUUCUGUUGAUGAUUCUUUGGAGGAUACUGCCAGCUCUCCAGUUAAUAGUCCCAAGGUUAGUGAUUUGGAACGGCCAGUUGAUCAUAUGAAUCCUAGAAAGGCACAUCAUGAUCCUAUAAUUAGUUCUCUGGGAAAGGGAAGUGCUUUAGAGCAUUUUCCAGAACUCCAGGCAGAUGAAAGAAGCUGUGAAACGAACUUUAGUGGAAAGAACAAUGACAGUACAGAUUUAAGGAAGAGGGGGCUGUGCUUGGUUCCAUUGUCCAAGCUAGUUAACUAUUUUGGUUGAAAAUCUUUAUCACUGAAACAUAUCUCUCUCUCUCUCUCUCUCUCUCUCUCUCUCUCUCUCUCUCUCUCUCUCACCUCCUUCAUGUAAAACAACCAGUAGAAAUGUACAAAGAAACUUCCUGCAUGUCAACUUGUUGAUUAUAUAUAAUGGGUACUGCUAAACUCAUAUCUA